ACAUACAUGAAUGAGUUAAUUGACACCUGUUGUACUAUGACUGCCCAUUCCUUGCUAUGCUUGCAGAUGUUCCUCAGACAUGUGUGCCUAGUUCUGUCAGUUGCCUGCCUCGCUCUGGCCGAUGACAAGUUUGGCCAUCAUCAUCCACAUGGUGGCAUUGUGCAGUGCCUGCCAAAUAUGUGUGAUGAGCCCUGCCCCACUUUACCAUCCUACUGUCCCUCAGGAGUCAUCAAGAACUGUGGCUGUUGUGAUGUAUGCUGGAUAUACUUGAAGGAGGGAGAAAUCUGCCGCAAAUUCAUUCCUGAAAACACAAUGUGUAGUCCAGGCUUGGAGUGUGGUUCUCAAGGUGUGUGUGUGCCGAUGGCUGAACAAAAUGUGGAAGAUGCUGAAGAUAGCUCAGACUGCACAGACAGCUCUGAGUAAGACUGUGCACACAAGAAAAGUGAUGUUGUACUUGCACUCAACUCCUAUAAGAUUUAAUGCA